AUGUUGCUACACCGUCUGUUGUUUCUUGUGGCUUUGCUUCUUAGCGUGGCAUGUGUCUGUGGGGCGGAUGAAGAUGUCACUGCUGCACAAAGGCUUCAUUCUGAAGCUGCUGUUGAUAGUUGUACUUGUGAUGACCCAGAAAAAAAAGAAGGUGCUUGUGCUCCUUCAACUGCUAAACUUCCUGCAGCUCCUCUUCGGCCUGGAGAGAGUGGUCACGUUGCCACUGAAAAUCUCGUUCCAGAUAGUCGUCCUGGUCCCGGCACUGGCGAGCAGAGAAGGGAUAGUGAUCCGCAUGUAUCUGAACAGCAUGGUCCAGAACUUCAAAAAGAAAAGGAACCAUUAAGUGGUCACAACAACGUACAAGGAGAGGCAACGGACACUCUUCGAAACAACCCAAAAGCACAGCCAUCAUUAUCAUCAUCUCUUGGGCAGCAAGCAUCCAGUGGGUCAAGUGGUCCUGUUACUGAGAGCCAAACGAGAACGAAUGGUGGAACUUCACAAGACUCUCAAGAAGAAAACCGCAACACAGGAAUCGAUACUGGAAGC